UGAAGGCUUGGUCCCAUCCCAGUGACCCCAAAGUGCUGGAGGGAGGGGGCGGGGGUGGCUCAGUGCAAAGUGCAUCCCGAAAGCCCCCUGCCUGGAGUCCCCGCGGCUGGCACUUUGGACCCUGAAUGACCUGGGACCUCGCUGCCCCGAGACCUCCCGUGUCCCCUCGUAGCUGGGAGCCUCCGGCCCGGAGCGCGGCAGCCCCCUGCUCCGAGCCCUCAGACGGGGACUGCCCCCCCACACGAGCCGGGACUUCCUCCCUGCACUCCUGCCCCGAGGCUGCCCGGCGGCUAGGACCGCCGCCUCCAGUCUGCUCGGCAGUCUGGAUGCUCGCCGGGCUGGGGCCGUGAGGCAUCGAGGAGGAUCAAGAACACCCGUGUCCGGCCCUGCCUGGGCUGUUUCUUCAAUGGAGAAGUUGGUGAGUGUGGAGGAGGCUGAAAGAAAGAAGAGAAGCAGCAGCUGAGGAGACAGGUUUGAGCUGGCUGGCUAGGGGAGGCGAGAGAGCAGGAACGGGGCUGCCCACCCACCAGAGAAGCAGCAGAGAGCCUCUGACCAGCAUCCUCCAUAAAGGUUAAGAAAGAGCUCAUUGACACCGGAAUCUGGACACACUCUGAGCCCCCUACUCACGAUGCUGUAUGUGCACAAUGGUUAUUAGGCAAUCCACGUAUCAGGAAAAGGGGCAUUCUUCCCGUAAGGCUGAUCCCUGUGACCUAAUGAAUCCUUUGUAAAAAGUGGACUCAGCUAGGAUGUUACACCACCAUUGUCGAAGGAACCCUGAACUCCAGGAAGAGUUGCAGAUUCAAGCUGCAGUGGCUGCCGGGGAUGUUCACACGGUACGAAAGAUGUUAGAACAAGGCUAUUCUCCAAAUGGCCGGGAUGCUAAUGGCUGGACCCUGCUUCAUUUCUCUGCAGCAAGAGGAAAGGAAAGAUGUGUUCGAGUAUUUCUAGAACAUGGAGCUGAUCCCACAGUUAAGGACUUAAUCGGAGGCUUCACUGCACUUCAUUACGCAGCCAUGCAUGGCCGGGCCCGGAUUGCACGCCUGAUGUUAGAAUCUGAAUACAGGAGCGACAUUAUUAAUGCAAAAAGCAAUGAUGGCUGGACUCCCCUUCAUGUGGCUGCUCACUAUGGUAGGGACUCAUUUGUCCGACUCCUACUGGAGUUCAAGGCUGAGGUCGACCCGCUCAGUGAUAAAGGUACAACACCGCUUCAGCUCGCCAUUAUCCGAGAGAGGUCAAGCUGUGUGAAAAUCCUCCUGGACCACAAUGCCAACAUCGACAUUCAGAACGGUUUCCUGUUGCGAUACGCUGUGAUCAAAAGCAAUCACUCUUACUGCCGAAUGUUCCUUCAGAGAGGAGCAGACACAAACUUGGGUCGCUUAGAAGAUGGACAGACUCCUUUACAUUUGUCUGCCCUUAGGGAUGAUGUGCUUUGUGCACGGAUGUUAUAUAAUUAUGGAGCGGACACAAACACAAGGAACUAUGAAGGACAGACCCCACUGGCUGUUUCAAUAAGCAUUUCUGGAAGUAGUCGACCAUGUUUGGAUUUCUUACAAGAAGUCACAAGACAGCCCAGAAACUUGCAGGACCUGUGCCGAAUUAAAAUUCGACAAUGUAUAGGCCUUCAAAACCUAAAGCUACUUGAUGAACUACCAAUUGCCAAGGUCAUGAAAGACUACUUAAAACACAAAUUUGAUGAUAUCUGAUAUACACAGAACUGUGAGCAAGAUUAGGAGUUAUAUUCCAGAUACUUAAAAGGCUUUUUGCCUUGCACAAAGUAUAUCCUAUGCAAUUUCUGAUUUGCUGUGAAAUCAGAAAGCAGGUAUACACUUUUAGGUUUUUUUGUUUGUUUGUUUGGUUUUCAUUGUAGGGGAGGGAUGUUUUUAUAUAUAUAAACACACACACACACACACACCCCACAUGCUUGAAGGUCUUAAUUUGGUUUCUUGGUCCAAGUUUACGAGGUUCAAGCUUUCUAUACAAUAUUGCAUUUAAAACAAUUGUUUUUCCAAAAUGACACAAGCAGGUUAGGAGUGGAGAAUUUACCCUUUUCAAAUUUAUGGUUUCAUUGACGUGCACAAUAUUAUAAACCAGCAGAGCACUUGUUACAGUUUGGAGGCACAGUUUUACCCGGGACAUCCUGGGUUCUACUGGAAAACGCCCUAAGAAAAUUUUAAAGUAACGCUGUCACCUCAGUCAUGUUUAAUGAGUACAAAUUGCCUGUUUCAAACUGUUCUUUUCCUAAUUAAUGUAGCUUUGGAUGACAUAAAUCCAUUACCUCUGCUUUCCUGUUGGUGUGCUCUUGUUUUUAACUUAUUUUUUUAACAACUGUAGUACACUACCCAGAGACGUUGCGUCUCAACUUCUGUCUCUAGUUGAAUUGUGCUUUUAAAAAAACUAAUGGGAAAGAAAAUAACUUUAUAAAGCCCAUGUAUUCUGUUUUUAAAACAGUGCCUCCAGUGCAGUACUCUUUCUGGUGUAUUUUAUCCAUUAUUUCACUUGAUGUUCCUCAUUCCACAGCUGGCUUUGACAUGCGUGUGAGAACAGGAACCACCACUAAUUUUAAUUGCAGAACCAUAGUAUGUCAGUUGCAAUUUCCAUUUUAAGCUUUGUCUUUUACUUCACUUUAAGCAGAAAAUUUCAUGUCCUGGUGGUAGAGUAUUCCCUAAAAAUAGCCCAAAAUAUUGUUAAACCAUUUGGCUUUAAUGGUUAAAUAAUUUGGGGUGGUUUCAUGGUGUUUUUUUCUUCCCAGUUGAAAUAAAAUUUCUAAAGGGUAAAA